UCCGUUUUCUCGACAAUUACUCAUCAUUUAGCUCGUGUUUUAAAAAACAACACUAAACAAAAACAAAGUGAUCUCUCACCUUCACUUUCUGCGCUCCUUCUUCUUCACUCCUAUAUAUUUAAAAUGCUUCGACCUUUGUCACUCAGAAACUUCAUCAAUCUCUCUUCCAACAAAAACCCUAACCCUAAUUCUCUCAAGACAACUCAAAGGUCUCUCCUUUUUUAGGUUUAUUAUCACUUCCGUAUAAUCGCCAUGUCUUCUCUACCAUGGAAAAAACCAAAAUCGAGUCGAAUCUUAAGAUUCAUUUCUGAGUUUCAACAAUCACCGUUCGUUGAAACUGGCUUUCCAACUUCUCUGAUCGAUCUCUUCUUCAAGAAUCGCGAUCGUCUAAAAAAAUCUCCAUCUAAACGCUUCCAACGAAUCGAACGCCAGAUUCGAACCGCUCCAAACGCUUCUUCGUUGAGUAAUCAAGAUACGAUUUUUGAAAAGCCCUCGAGGAUUAAAACCGUUCGAAGUAAGGUCGAGAAAGUUAAUUGCGUUAAAGGUAAAUCAGCGGCGUUGAAGAAGAACGCGAUUAAAAAUAGCGUUUUCGGCGGUAGCGGUGAGGUCGUUUUGAUGGCGUUUAAGGUUUUGAUAGUAGCGUUGCUCGCCUUGAGCACGAAGAAGAAGCUCACUUUAGGAAUCACUCUCUCUGCCUUCGCUCUUCUCUUAACAGAGCUCGUGGCGGCGCGUGUUUUCACGCGCUCUAAUAACACCGACAAAGACAAAAACGCGAUUGCCCGCGAGAAAAUCGAAACUUUUGAUGAAACUCGAGUUCCCAAAGCGAUUCCAUGUCCUGAGGAAACAGAGCAUGUAGUAUCUGAAACAGAGGUUUCGAAGUUGAAAGGUUUAACGAUACGUGAUCUGUUGUCAAAGGACGAGAAAUCAACAAGUAAAAGUUGGAGACUAAAAUCGAAGAUUGUGAAGAAGUUGAGGAGUUACAAUAAGAAGGAUAAGAAGACGAUGAAGAUCAAAGAAGAGUCUUUGAUUGAAGUCUCGAGUUUGGUUUUAGAAGAUAAACCAAAGAAAAUUGAGUCUGAGAGAGACGAAGAAGAAACGUUGAAUCCUCCAGUGGUUGGAUCAAACCUGAAUGGGAUUGUUCUGAUCGUGAUUGUGCUAACCGGUUUGUUAUGUGGGAAGGUCUUAGCUAUUGUUCUGACACUAUCAUGUUUGGUUCUUAGAUUAGGAGCAGUCAAAAAAGUUAAUCUUUGCAUAUAAUUUUUUUUGUAUUUUUUAACAUGCUUGCAUGUGAAACUGUAAAUUUUUCUCAUUCAUAUGAAGGAGAUUGGAUUGAAUGUUGAAUACUUUCCCAAAUUAUUCACAAUCUUAAGUUUUAACGAAA